UUUUGUUAGAUUUCUAUUUCAUAAAGAACCCGAUUUGAAAGUCAAAAUUUUUCUUUGUGCUUUCAGAUUCACACUCGCAAAUUUGUCACAUGCACCUGAUAAAGGAAAAAUUAUCAUAGCUCUAGAACUAUGGACCCCAAUCAUUGGAAUACAUACAACUUGCAGUAUGGACACUCCACUCCAGGUCUUGGUUUGAGCCACACUCUCCAGGCUACUCAUGGGUCCCUGGGUGGCCGCUCAGUCCCGACCCUCCCACCGGUCAACUACCCAGGUUUGGGUGUGCCCAUACUGGACACCAUGGCUCCUCUGGCUACAGGCAUUGCUGCCCAGCCCACGCACAAAGCCAUGAGCCUGGCACAAGGACAGCUGGUCUUCGAUUCACAGGGCCGUGUUUCGACUGAACAUGAGCCUUCUAACAUCAGUCGUUACGACACCACUGGUUCUAAAGCGUUUUCUCGGGAUGCGGUUGCACGGAACCAGCAGUUUCUUGAGGCUGCUGCGGCGAGGGUGUGGGGAAGCGCCAACUUCUCCCCUUCCAGCAUCUACAACCAGUUUGGAACUCUGCUGUCGGAUGUGUCCAACGUGCCAGCAACUGCUGUCUCCACUUCCCCCGGUGCAGGUAGUGCCAGUAUAACUGCCUCAAAGGCUAACCAAGGCCAGUUGCACGAACCACCACCUGCUCACAGCUCGAAUGUUGCCCGGCUCAGCACAAUCCAGAGGACUCCUCAUACGCCUGAUCUCUUCUACGCUCGCAGCUCAGAGUCGCUCAUGCCCUCAAGUCUGGCUCAGAUCAGUACUCUGUACUCGGAUGCACUUGGGAAACAAGCAGGUGGUAGUCAACAGCAGUCGUCAUCCUCAUCGUCAUCACUUCACCGUCAGACGCCAGUCCAUGUUCCAGUGUUUUCUUCACACGGUGACAUUGAGGACUUGUCCUCCAACUCCCAGAACCAGCUCUAUGGCUCUUAUGCGAACCUGUCUGUGACGGACUCUGGAGAGUUCUCCUCUGCCGCACAGCUGGCUGGGGAAAUGAGUUACGAGGCUGUCAGCCCAGCCACACCUCUCAAUGAGAACACUGUCCAGGUAUCUGCUGCUGACCACGCCUCUUUUUCCAUUGUCCAGUUUCCUGACCUAGCCAACCUUACCUCAGAGCACGCUCACACUUUGGCGGAUAAGUUCCAGGCGAACGACUUUCGUCUCAAGAUGGACUCUCGUGUGAACCCAACACCUCAGCAGGACAGUCUUGUGUCUCCUCCGCAGCUGAAGGUGCCUAAGGAAAUGAGCAAUGUUCACGCUGCUCUCUCCAUGCACAAUCCUAGGUCUAGCCUUUUCCAAGCAGGUAUGGGGACACAAAUCAGCAGUCCUAGCCUCUCUGUCAUUGGUCAGGUUCAGCCAGCUUCCAUUAUCAAUCAUCCCUUACCACUGGUCUCCCAGUCAGCUGCGUUCACAACAUCCUCUAUGCAACAGUCUCAGGCACCAAUCCCUGUCCAGGCUUUGGCAGACUCAACCACAAAACCAAAGAGAGUCCGCAAUCGCAAGAAGAAGUCGGAGAGUAACCCUCCCCCAACCAGCCCCACAAACACCAAGAAAUCCAGCGUUAUGUCCAUGAAUCCCAACUCUGCCCACAACAACCAACAGUUGCCACAGCAUCAUCAACAACAUCAGUCUUCUCACAUUUUAAACAUGCCAGCUACCUCUCUCGCCAAUAUUUCCUCUUUGCCGCUGAACACUGCCCAGCUCAAUCAAAACAGCCAGCAGAUGCAGCCGCAGCAACAGCAGACUUUUAGGACAAUUGCUGGCACCAACCAGUAUAGCUCUAGGGAGGCUCAGAGAGCUCACACACCCUCAGUGCAGCAAAACUUUUCUGCUCAGGAGGACCAAGGUCAUGGGUACAAUCCUAUACCCAGUCCAAAGCCCCCUGGGGGAACAAACCAGAACGUGAUGAGGUCUCAGAGAGACUUUGCCCUGCCAGGAAGGGUUCCCAGUGAGAAAUCCUCUAACUACAAACAGCACCAAAGGAAGCCAAGUGGUGACUCGUCUUCUGACCCAAGCAAUGCCCAGAGCAAUCAGUUGUACAGGUCCAACAUUCCAGAGAAUCAACAACAACAGCAGCACAUUCAAAACUACAGAGCUGGUUUGAUGGGAAAUGGUGGCCAAAGGGGUUCUCCCAUGCCGUUGGACAAUCGUGGAAGUGGUGGGGGAGGGAGAAUUUACUCAGAACAUUCAGCCCAGCAGAAGCUCUCCACCCAGCUGUCGCCACUGGGACAACCAUCGCCCCAAGGAAGUGUGGCUAGUGACUCGUUCAACAACAAAAUGCCUAGCGCUGCCACCAGCCAGAUGAUGAACCCAGGCAUGUGUCAAUCACCAAUGAACUCUCGUCCUGUGAGUGUAGAGCCGACUGCAGUCAUGUCCCAUGGUGGUUACAAUAACAGUCAACAGCAGACUCUUCAAGAGAAUCAGGACAAUGGUCAGUUUCAAAUAGACUUUGGGGGUCCCCCUUUCUUGGAGCAGCUGGUGACACCCAUGGCUGUGCCGGCCACCAGCUACGCCCACACUACUGCUGAGAGUGGGGAAGUUGUGUUCACCACGCUGGUCACACCUGCUGAAAGUGCACGUCUGCAGCAGCAGCAGCAAACGCCUCUACCACCACCACCCCAGACCUCGGCUGAGAGUGAUGCCAGCUUCAGGCCGACCUACCGAGGAGAGACAGUGCAUGAGAUUCGUCCCAUCGGACCACUGGGAGGGCCUGUGCCCAUAGAUGAUGUCUCCUUCAGUUCUUUCUUCGCAAAUCAGGGUCAGGGGGUUGUACCAAUCCAACAACAGCAACACCAACAACCAGUCAGUCAGCCACAGGAGGAAGUCAGAAGGAACCUGACUUAUGUGCCUCACAUCAGCGAAGAUGAUGAGUUGGGCCAUUUCAACACCUCGUCCAUGGCGGAACCAGUGCCUAUGAUUAAGAAAGAGGUGACUGAGCCAGCUGCUCAGAGAAAGUUUCACCGAGACUCUUUCCAGGACUCGUUUCUGAACUACCUCCAGGGUCACAAGCAAGAGACCCUGUCCAGCGUGUCCACGGCUGCUGUUACAAAAAAGCCUAUGUUGCCUAAAUAUAUCCCUGAGCCUCGGAGGCCACGCCCCCCUCCACCUCCACCAAAAGAAACAAUCACCUUCUCUGACUUUGAAGAAGGUCACGGCCAUGCCAGCCUCAAGGGGAAGGACCUUCUGUCCAGUUUAAGUGACAAUGACAAUUCUUCUCAAAAGAGUGAGAGCGAUAAAGAAGGUUACUCGGUUCAGAGAACUAGUGAACUUGCUGUGAAAAUAACCUUACCUAAGAAUAAGAAAAAAAAUAAGUUUGGACCCUUUGCUGAAAAUAGCCUUCUAAAGGAGAGCAUGAGGAAAAACAAAGAGGCAGCUAGAUUUAAAAGUAAGAAGAAAAAAGGCAAGUACAGAGAGGACUCUGAUGGCGAAGAGUAUGCACCAGGGGAUAUGUCAGAGGAGGAGAUCAUUUUACAGGAGGAGCCAGUAAUCAGAGAACCCACACCUCCGCCAGUGAGAACCUCCAUUGGUAGAAAGGCGAAAGAGAAGAGCAUGGAGAAAACCAAGAAGAGAAAAAAACACACAGAGUCAGGAAGCAGCGAGGAUGAAGCAGCAGUAGCGUUUGCAGUUAAAGGCUACAAGAGUGAUGACUCGGACAAAGACUACGACUCGGAUAAGGAUCCAGUGUGGAUGCCGUUUGAAGUGGACUUGAAACAAGGGCAUGAUUAUGAGGAGAAAAGGAAAAAGUCAAAGAAACCUCGGCUGCGUUUACCCAGCAACAAAAGCAUCCGCACGUUGCCGCACAAAACUGCAGUAGCCCCUGUUGGUCCUGUAGGUGUUGCGAGUGCUGCCAGAAAAAUGCUGGUCAGCACAGCGACACCUGCUGCUGGUCACUCCAAGGAUGGAGGGUUCAAGAUUGGUCAGUACAUCAUUGAGAAGAAAGAUCAGCAGAACUAUGAGUCGUAUCCAAUUUGGAGAAUAGAGCAAGGCAAUAUGAUCCGCAAGUUUGAGCUGAGAGUGGAAGAUGGUGUCAUCCGACAUUGUGCUGUUGGCACGUUCUCCACGUGGAUGAAGUCGAUGGAGAACCAGUUUGAAGCCAUCCAGGUGAAGGAACUUGCGGGCAAGAACAAGUCAGAGUUGAUGGUGGUAGAGGUCAUGGAGGAGAGUCGGCCCAAGCCCCCAAGUGAUGGCAGACUUGAAACGCGGUAUGAAGAUAACCCGUUGGUUGACACUUUCAACAUCUACCUACAAGUUUUCCUCAGUCAAGCCCUGGAGCCAAGUUUUCUUAAAGCAAUUAUUGAAACAGAUGAAAAAUUCUAUGUGGAUGCUUUGAAUCAAAUUGACCGUUUGAUUGGUGUCAAAUGUCAGGAAAUAACAAAGAUUACACAGUGGAAGAAAUCUUUUCAGGAUUGUCUUCAUAGAAGCCCACUCAUGAAGGAGAUUGACCGACCAAAUCUGAAACAGCCUUGUCAGGCUUGUGAAAACUCCAGUCCACCAACCAUCAAGUCUGUGCUUUUGAGUGGACACCCAUACGACAGAUUCCUUCUCACGCCUAUUGGUGGAGGGUCUGACAUUGCUCAGGAAUUUAUGAUUGGAAAAACUGCCGCCCAUUAUGUUCGUCCUUACCAUACGUUGUACCACUACAAGUACUGGUUGCGACGGCGCUGUGAUACUAAGGUGAAAAUGAUCAAGGAAAGCAAUAAAGGGAAAGAUGUCCCCAGUGAGAAUAUUCUGGACAAGUGUUUGGAGAACAGAAACUGGGUGUUACAGCUCUUCGACGACUUGAUCAGCCUGCUCCGGUUUGAAGACACAACGAGAUAGAGAUGACGACCGGGUUGUUUAUACCUUUUCUGUGUUGUUCAAGAUACCGGCUGUUCAGCCUCGUUGUUUUAUACUUUGAUGCAUUUCCUUUUCUUCAAGAUGUUCUUCAAGUACAGUACUGACAUGUCUUGCUAUUCUGCCUAUAAGAGAAAGAUGUAUUAUAUAUUGGACUAAUCAAAGUAUUUUGUACUUAUAGCGAUUGUUGUGAUGGCUGAAGUGUUACUUGUGAUAUGUGAUUGAGUGUAGAUUUCAGCAAGUCUGAUUUUUCUGUUUAAAGAGAAUAGGUCUUCAAUGUAAUAGAUGAGACCUCUUAUACUAUGCCUGAGAUGAGUUAUGGGGCAAUACACUCUUUAUCCCAUGUCAGUCUGACAGUCUGUUCUGUAUCCAUUGUAUCUUUCAAUUGAAUUUUUCAAAACGAAGUUUGACGACUGGGAAUUAAUGUCCCACUUCACGCAGGCCCGUGAAGCCAGGAAGGAGCCUCAGUAUUUCACAUCUAAACCCAAGACAAUCUGGCAACCAAUCAGUGGUGGGAGUGUAAUCUCGUGUGUUGCUUUUGAAGAUACCAUAGAAGAUACAGAAUUUUAGAAAUGUUCAAUCCAACAUAAUGUAAAAAGUAUUCUGUCUGUGCUCACCAUUGUUUCCUGCAUCUGCCAUAAAGGGUUGAGGAAUUUUUUGUUAUAGAGAUGAAGAAAGUUCUGCUUAGAAGAGCUCUGUGGCCAGCUAGAAGUAGAUGUUAUGAUGAUCAAAGGCCUGCAGAGAAUGAACAAUGAGGUUAAACAUGGGAUGGCUUUUCCUAUUUUUGUGCAUAUGAUUUUUUGCUUGAGUAGUAUUAUCAAAGAAAAACAACCUCAACUUCAGGCACAAUUUAAGUAGUUCUUGUGCAGCCUCAAGGUAUGGGGUCCAUCAUUCACUUUUUUCAUUGUGCGUCUUUGACUGUGGUAUUAUAGAAGAAGAAAAACACGGAACAGCAAAGAAGUUUGAUCCUUGAGUUUUUAGUCUUUUUCAGCAACUAUCUGCUAGGUGAUGUUACAGUACUAAGUCAAAGCUGAGAAAUUGUGCCCUUAUGGAUCGACCAGACUUUAAAAUUGUGUUUGUUUGAACUGUGUAUUGUCAGAUCUACCAGUUAUAACAAUUUUGUUGUAUCUUUGCUGCAGUUUGUUCCUAUUUUUCAGGUGUAACUGGAUUUUUCUAAUUAUGAAACACAUUGUUUUCUUGUAAAAGAGGGUUUGCAGUGUAUGAUUUUUUUUCCCUAUUCUUGCAGCCUCUCAGAAAUCUUGACUGUACUGUACUACUCUGUCUCCAAAAAGCUCUUUUCUUUUAAUCAGCUUAAGGUGAUGAGAAUUGUAAAUAUAUUUUUGCAGGAAUUUAUUAGGCUGACAUGUCCCCUAGUGAAUAGAAUGAAGGUUACUGCUGCUGAAAAGAAACUCUGAGAAAAGGAGAUAGAUGACCAACCACAAGAUAAAAACGACUAUAGAGGUUCCGCACUAAAAUCGAAACACGUUUGUUAUGUCCUCUACCUUCCCCUUCCAGAUCCCAGUGGUAGUCGGCUGGUGAGUUGUCUAUCAACAGAAGAAUGUUUUUGUUUACAGGUAUUUGAGGCUUUUAACUGGUUCUCCUCCCAUACCAUAAUAUCACUGACCUUUCCAACAGCAUUGCACUUAUGGGGUUGGGGGGGUUUUUUUUGUGGUUUUUUUAAAGUUUAGUUUUCACCAUGUCCUCAUAGUGGGUGGAAGCUGUCUUUGUUUGUCCAUGUUUAUCCUUUUGCACCUGAAUAUAUAUAUAUAUAUAUAUAUAUAUAUAUAUAUAUAUAUCAGAUUUAGUAAGUGUUUUGGCAAUAUGGCGCCUUUGAGUUGCAUCUGGCAUUUAUACUAUGUUAUAAAUUAAAGUCAAUAAUGUUCUAUACCCAUCUGUACAUUGUACUGGUUGCACCCAUUGUUUUGAUAGCUUCCCCUUCAGUAUUGCAUUUUCGUUUUGUUUUACACACUAGCCCAGUGUGAUUCUACUGUGUUUCUGUUGUGUUGACCCUAUUUGAUAGAUGAUUUAUAUUUCACAAUUGCAAAUGUUAUCCCUUUUUUUUAAAAUAUCACAGAGAAAUGAAUUACCAUUAAUAAAAGGGUUGAUAAUAUUGGUUAACCUUUGUACUGUUCUUAAGAUUCGGGGUUCACACUGACGUCAGUUGGCCAGAGUUCCCUCUUAGUUGGUGAUUGGUAUUUAUCAUGUUUCUAAGGGGUGGUUGGAAGGUGCUGCUGGUAGCUCCUAACUGUCCCCUAUAGCUGAUAUUUCUGUUCAGGUCUUGUUUUCUGAGACACUAAAUUACAUUAUUGUGUUGAUGAUGUGAACCUCUUGGACAUAGCAAACAAAUAGAUGUUUUUCUUAAUCUUUCCUACUUUCCCACCAUCAAAGAAAGUUGUUUGCUUGUCUGAAAGUCAGCAUAUAAAAUUUAGGUAAAGAAAGCCAGGGCUAUUUUACUUAAUUUAAGGUAACAUGAGCUUUAAUUAAAUGAUGUUUCCAUUUUUUUGCCGCUUCUAUUAGUUUCAUCAAUCACAAUUGCAACAUGUUAUGACCCCCCUCCCCACCCUCCUUGGCCUCCCAAAUUUUGAAUCGGUGAGAAUGAGAGGGACAUAUUUUUAUGGGAACGAGGAGUGGCAUGGUAGUUUCUGACAAUUCUCCUGUACAGUUAUGAUGCUGUCACAGUUCAAGUGGGUUUUUCAUCUUGAUGGCCUUAGAACAUUAUAAGAACCUGCCCAUGGCUGGACUUAAUUGGGUUCUGUCUACUUCCUAUGUUUAUGUUGUUAGUAUAUGCUAUGGGUUUGGGUUUUUUUAGAAAACAUUUCCUUCCAAUUGUAUUCCUAUGGUUAGCAUGGUAAGCAAGCUGGGCUGCCAAGGAAACUAGUCAGUCUGAAGUUAAAGCUCUGUUUUGUCGAUGGUAGGUAACAUCACCCAAAUGAGUCGAGAGCACUUUUUUCCUCUCUUUUGUGCGCCCCUCCCCCCCAAAUGAGAUGGUACAAACCCCUCAAGGACCAGGAGAGAGCACUGUAGACAUGAGUUCCCAGGGUUGGUUUGUGUAAGUAGUACUUUCAUGACUACUUCACUUCUGCAUUUUGAAGUGGGCUUACUGCAGCGCUCAAUAUUUUUUAUUUUCUUCUGGGAAGUGGAUUUCUACGGUUUUGGGUUGCCUUGUUUGUGGUUUAUCUCUGCAUUAUACGGAUUUAUUAUGUUGGGGCGACGGUUGUUCUGAUGUUUAGAAUGCGUACAGGUUGGUUUGUGUGCGGCAGCAUGUUCACUCAGAUAUAUAUAUUCUUCAUGAUUUUGUUUCACAAUUGAUGAAUUAAGAUAUUAUUGAUUUAAAGUGACCUGUAAAGAAUUAGUUUGUUUGGGUGGCUUUUCUUUGUUAAUAUUGAUAUUAUCCUGGCUCCAAGCAAGAAUGAGUGGAUCUGGAAAAGGCUGGGACUAAGUACUAGUGGCAAGCCUUCACUGUUGUCUGUUUUUGUUUUUAAUUCAUUUGUCAUCCCUCCAUUUUUUUGUUUUCUUUUAGGUGUCACAAUAUCACAGUGUUUUAGAAUUUAUAGAAUGUCCUACAGUGAUGCAAAUAUUUUAAUAUUGCCCCUAGGGUAGUUGGAUGAUGGGCGCUCUGGUGUUGUUUGCUCCUUUUCAUUCUUUUUGAAAUGGGUGGUUGACAGUUGCUCUGGUGUGGUUUGCUCUUUCUUUCCCAUCAAACUUCUAUCGUCUUUAUCUCUGCUUUUUUUCCCUAUGUUGUCUUGACACAUCUCUCUCAUCUUUGUCACUUCACAUUACUUAAUUAUGUUGCAAGUGCCGUAAAACAUUCUUUUCAGUGCUUCUAAUGGGCUCAUCUCCUCUUAAUAGAGACAUUUUGUUCACUUUAUUACAGUCAACAGUGACUUAGCACCAACAUCAAGCUUUAGAUGAUCAAGUGGUUGAGAUAUCAGUCAAAAUAGAAAGAUAUAUUUGGGAUUCAUUUUUCCUGUUGAUUUUGUCAUCACACCAGAGAGCUGGUUGUACAUGCACUUUGAAGAGAAGUUGUUCAAGUAGUAACGAGAAUUUACAGGGAAAAGAGCUGUUUUGUUCAGUGAACAUGGAUGGUGUUCAGCAUGUUGCUGAGCAACAUUUCGAGACCUCAAUUUAUCUGUCCUUCUACCUCCUCCUAAAUGAUCUAUGUUGUAUCGAUUAGAGCGUAAAAUAUUUUCAACUUUGGUCCUUCUUCUUCUACAUUCUUUUACUUCUGUCCAUUUGCAUUUCAGUUGUUGCAAUGAAAGGUUUUGAGUUCGUUGCUGAGAGGAGAUUAACAGUCAGUUGACACCAAAGUAAAGAGUGGUGGCUACCUUGUUGUUCUUCAGGUACGGCUUGGCAUCUCCACCCCUCAUUAAUGUAGUGUAGCUGCACGGCGUUAAAGAUCCGAGUUCAAUAUCAGGUUGGAGAACUAUAUAUCUUCUACUGGGAUACUGUAAACCGCUCUGCAUGAAUUACACCCUGAAUACGCCCUGUAAAGGUCAAGUCAAAGCAGCUCAGCUCCUAAAUAAUCAAAAGCAAAAUUGUUUGUUUUUGAGGGAGGGUGCAAAACCUUCAGUUGCCUCAAUCCUGCAUUCAUCCCAGCAUGACACUCCACUAAUGCUAGAACAACACACACUCGUGAGCCAAGAUGCUCUGCUGAUGCAUAAUUGUGAUAUUUACUUUAGCCUCUUCCUCUCCCCUUUUAUCUAUCUCUCUUUCCCUCUUUCCCUCCCUAUCUUCCUCCCUGUCUCUCUCUCUCUCUCUCAAUAACAUUGACAGGUUGAGUCCUACGAUGAAAACGAGCAGUGCAUAUUUUCUUACUAAUCUUACCGGUUUGUGGCCACUUGUGACCUCUUGAGGCCUUUCUCUCUCUCUCUUUCUCUCCCCCCCUCUCACUUUAGAGCUUGUGAGCUUGAAGUAACAUGUGUGAGUCAAGUUGAGUAUUAAAAUGAAAACGAGCAAAGAUUUGCAUGUUUUCUUACUGGUUUGUGGCUAUUUGUCUCCUUUUCAGGCCUUGCUAUUGUGAGCGUGCGGCAAAAAUAAAGGAGUUAAUUUACUUGUAUGCCCGCACUUUCUCUCAAGUACUGCCUGAGAACAUGUUACUGUGACCGGCUCUGGCCGUUGAUGUGCACCAACCCUGUGCGUGCGCCAGGAACCGGACGUCUUUGUCUCUGAUAAUUAUUUGCGUCAAGUGUUUUUUUGACCGCUGUUUUGCAUUGUUUGUGUUUAUGUAAAUUUCUUAUCGUCACUAUUAUCACCAUCAUUAUCCACCUGCCUUAUCAUGUUUACAAGGAAAGACUUAUAAUUUUCUUGUAGAUUUCAUUUAUGGCAAUCAGACAGACAUGUACAUAUGUAGUAUGAAUACAUUAUUUAGUUAAACACCUCCCUACUCAGAGCAUAAUGAAGCAUUGCACCGGCCAUGCAGGAAAACCAUUGUACAGAGAUCAGCAAGCACCUACUAUUCCAUUUACUCCACAUGCUACUACUACUUUACAACAACAAGUCAUCAAUGUGCUAGGAUAAUAGCCCAAAUCAUGCUUCAUCGAGGUCUUUUUUUUUGUUUUCAAACAUCCUAAUUUUGUGUCUUUUUACCUGACCAUGGCUUUAACGUGGUUUUUGAGUGCUUGCUCUUGCAUUUUUACAUUGUGAUCGGCCUUUGCAAUUGUUUGAGGAAUGUCAGUUUGAAUUUUAUGAAUUUGGCCUAAAUUUAUUUUAUGGUAGCAUGUUGGCAGGCUAAUUCUACUUCGGUACUACUGUGACUACUACUAAUACGACUACUACAAGUACUACUACUUCUUCUACUACUCUAAUCCUAGUUGCUGGUGAUUACCUCAACUGGCUCUUCAAAUUUUGUUUCUUAGUUUCUCUUACUUUAAUCAAGCUGUUGUGGUAUUGUUUGAGCUGUCCUUACAUUACAACCCCAAAAGGACCCAAAAUUCUUAAUAUGAUCUCUCCUCAUUUCUUCAUCCUAUAUAUGUGUAGUAUGCAUUAUGUGGUCAACAGCUGCUACAGUAAUACUGAUUUUUUUCAAAACCUAAAGUUGUUAUAGCUUGAUGGUUUGGGCCUUUGAGCUGUUUUGUACACCUGUAUUUGUUAUUGUUAAAUCAAUUGUAGAUAUAUAGGAUUUGAUUGGGGUUUUCUUUUGGGCGAAGGAGUUGGGAGUUAUUUGAUUCAUAUUUGAUUUCAGAUAUGUGCCUGUUCUUUCUGCUGAGAAGGCAAAAAAAAGGGAAUGGGGAAUCUUCAUGCUUUUACUAUGAACUAUGAUGACUAAAAAACAAGAUUCAGGAUGUAGCUUUUGUCAUUGUAAUUUAAGAAAAACUAUUGUUUACUAUUGAUAUUUUCUAAUGUUCAGUAGCAAGAUAAGUUCCUGCACUGGUUUUCACUUUGUUCAGUUGUUUUGCAGUACGCUGCGGUUUUCUUUGAUGUAGGUGUCACUAGUAUGUGGUGAUUCAGGGGGAUUUUUCUUUUGUUUCUCCUUUUGCUUCCCGGGAACACAUUGGGUUUGCUUGUUGAUUUUGUUAUUGGAACUAACUAUGCAUAAUGAUUGGUAGCGUUGUCAGUACAAGAUCCUCGUUUGACUUUAAGGGAUGUGUUUCAUACCAGUUGUAAGUUAGGCCAGUAGUUUUAGCUCUUGUUAAAAAGACACACCAAGUAGUGUGUGGCAUUCAUGUUCAAAUUCAUAGUUAUCUUUAUGGGCACGUUCUGCAAUACAUACUUGUAUUGUAGUUUUAUAAACCAAUGAUAUAUAACUCUUGUUCUGCAGGUCUUUAUGAAAAUAAAUCAUUUUUUAAUAGAAGAGCGAUGUCGCUUUCAUUACUUCAGAA